UUUUUUUUGACUAUUAUCUCAUUUAUGAACAGUGACAACGAUGAACAACAGCGCAAAGAUGACCUGAUCGAACAGCAUUUUACGUGGCGCGCUGUGUUGAUCGGUUUACUUAUUGGUACUCUUUUAUGUUUCUCCAACAUGUAUUUCGGUCUUCAGUCAGGUUGGAUCUCCAUGAUGUCAUUACAGGCUUGUCUUUUGGGAUUCCUUGCCUUGAAACCUAUGGGUAGUUCACUUUCUAUGCCUGAAAAUGUUCUACAAACUACGGUAUCUGUUGCUGCUGGUACCAUGCCAUUGGCUGCUGGAUUUGUGGGUAUCAUACCUGCACUUGCUCUUUUGACUGUAGAAGACAAUCCUGGUUCAGAAAGUUUAGAAGCAGGACCAAUAGAAUUAUCAAGUCUACAACUGUUGAUAUGGUGUAUGGGUGUCAUGUUUUUUGGCGUCUUCUUGGCGGUACCUUUACGAAAACAAGUCGUGAUACGUGAAAAAUUGCCUUUCCCUUCUGGUACAGCAACGGCACAAAUGAUCAGCUUUCUUCAUCAUCGUCAAUUGGACAGUUCUUAUUUUCACAACCAUCACCAAUCAAGAUUAUCUUCCACUUCUUUGGACAGCACCAAUGACUAUUUCCCAUACGAUCAAACCCCUUCCCUGAUGCUUGUAUCUAUGACAACCAAUACUUCACAGGCAACUAUUGAACAUGACAGUUCCUCUUCCGCAUCGACAUUGGAAACACCUUCAACAUUACCUGAUUAUAGCCAUACUUGGAAAAUGAAACUAUCGACACUUAUGGUGUCUUUUGGAAUAUCCGCAUUCUAUACCUUCUUAUCUUAUUUCUUCCCUGUGAUUUAUGCUCUACCUGUAUUUAAUUGGUUGACACUCAAUUGGAUUGAUUUUUAUUCUUGGUUGUGGUACUUUACUCCUUCUUUCAGUUAUAUUGGUCAAGGAAUCAUUAUGGGAUUAUCAACAACAUUGUCGAUGCUAUUGGGAUCUAUCGUAGGAUGGGGAAUCUUAUCGCCAAUAGCAUAUCAUCUUGGAUGGGCGCCAGGACCAGUAAAUGAUUGGAAGAAUGGAUCAAAAGGAUGGAUUAUCUGGAUCUCUCUUGGUGUUAUGUUAUCGGAAUCACUAACGUCACUGCUCAUACUUAUUAUCAAAUCUCUGAUAACGAACAGAUCAAAACGCCACUCACCAGAUUAUCAAAAAGUAGAUCAAAUGGAACUCACAUCGACUACUCCAGCACCAUCUUCCCCUUUAACCACCGUAUAUCAUCACAACAUGAGAACUAGUCAGGACGACAAUAUCAACGAUCAUUCACCAACUAUAGCUAGUAAUACAAAGCUUGAUGAUGUGUCGUCUGAACAUCUUGUACCGGGAUCGAUUACUUAUCCAGGCUUGGUUUUAUCAGUAAUACUAUGUGUUGGUGCUGUAGCCAUGGUAUUUGGUACAAAAGUGCUCCCUGUUGGUAUGUCUUUAUUGGCAUUAGUGCUGGCUUCGUUUCUUGGUGUACUGGCUGUACGUGCUCUUGGAGAAACUGAUCUCAAUCCUGUUAGUGGUAUUGGAAAAAUUAGUCAAAUCUUGUUUGCUCUUUUUAUGCCUGGAAAUAUUGUUGCCAAUUUGAUAGUAGGUGGAAUUGCUGAAGCAGGUGCACAACAAGCAGGGGAUCUUAUGCAAGAUUUGAAGAUGGGCCAUAUACUCAAGGCAUCUCCUAAAGCACAGUUUUAUGGUCAAAUUUUAGGAUCUUUGUAUAGUGCUUUUAUUACCACAGGCAUCUAUUGGUUAUUUAAAUCCGUUUAUACUAUUCCCGGUCCUGAAUUUGCAGUUCCUACAGCUCAAGUAUGGCUCGACAUGUCUCGAUUGAUGAAUGGUCAACCUCUUCCUCCCCAUGCUAUUGAAUUUAUGGUUUUUUUCUCUGUUCUCUUUGUAAUGCUGACGGUAUUGAAAGAAACAGGCGACCCUUCGGAUUGGAGACGGUUCUUACCAAAGGGAAUUGCUUUUGCUAUUGGUAUAUAUAAUCCUCCAAAUUUUACUAUUGCAAGAGUGAUAGGUGGUUUGAUGGUCUAUGGCUGGUACAACUACUGUGAUGCUCAACAAACAAAUACCGAUAUCAAGAGGAAAUUCGAUCGUUUGGCUGGACCUUAUCGUGAUCAAAUUGGACAUGUAUUUAUCAUCAUCAUUGCCUCUGGAUUUGUGUUGGGUGAAGGGACUUUUGCCAUCAUCAAUAUGGCCAUGCAGGCAUGUCAUGUCCCUCAUUUUUAGAAUAGAUUUUAAGAGAAUAGAUUGAUAUUUCGAUUUACUACAUUAUAAUAAAUAAAGAAAACCAUUCAUUUUACA